AUGACCGAAAACCCACGUACAAACGCCACACGUGCCUGCGACUUUUGCAAGGAGAAAAGGAUUAGGUGUGAGGGAAAACCCAUAUGCACGAACUGUCAAAACCGAAAUUCAGGCCAUUGUUACUUUACCAAGCCCAGCAAAAAAAGGGGACCAGCUAAAGGAACGCGUAAUCGUAAAUCGAUCAAAAAUAACAACGGCAACUUUUGUGGGAGUGGAAGCAGCGAUAGCCCUAACAAUGAAAACAUCGACGGCUGUAUUGGAGCACCCCUUCCCUAUGAAGAUAACGACAACCAUGACUUUGACAACGAUCACAACGAAAACCAUAAAACCGAUGACCAUUACACCAACGAAAACCAUAAAGCCGAUGACCAUUACACCAACGAAAACCAUAAAGCCGAUGACCAUUACACCAACGAAAACCAUAAAGCCGAUGACCAUUACACCAACGAAAACCAUAAAACCGAUGACCAUUACACCAACGAAAACCAUAAAACCGAUGACCAUUGCACCAACGAAAACCAUAAAGCCGAUGACCAUUACACCAACAGCAACAUCAACCCAUACGACAGUAACAUCAGCGGCAACAUCAACCCAAACGACAGUAACAUUAGCAGUAACAUCAGCGGUAACAUCGACCCAUACGACAGUAACAUCAGCAGUAACAUCAACCCAUACGACAGUAACAUCAGCGGCAACAUCGACCCAUACGAUAGUAACAUUAGCAGUAACAUCAACCUAUACGACAGUAACAUUAGCAGCAACAUCAACCCUUACGACAGUAAUAUUAGCAGUAACAUCAACCCAUACGACAGUAACAUUAGCAGUAACAUCAGCGGCAAUAUCGACCCAUACAACAGUAACAUCAGCAAUAGCAUCAACCUAUACGACAGUAACAUCAGCAAUAACAUCAACCUAUACAACAGUAACAUCAGCAAUAACAUCAACCUAUACGACAGUAACAUCAGCAGCAACAUCAGCGGCCCCAUCAUCAAUGGCAACUUCAAUCUCCACGAUGACAACAUCAACGGAAACAUCUACACAGAAAAUCUGUAUCCCAACAUGACAAAAAGUCAAUAUCUCAACAUGACAGAAAAUUUAUAUCUCAAUGUAUACACAAGUCAAUGCCUCGAAAUAGAAAACCAAAUUUCCAAUAUUAUAAAAAAUCAAUUUUCCAUAAAGUCGGAAAAUCGAUUUCUUAACAU